CGCAUUGUCCGGGGCGCGAGGCCUUCGUCAAAGAAGGUGGCGUUCCUGGUCACAGACGGGUUCUCCAACGGAGAAGACCCGCGUGGAACGGCCAGUCAACUGCGGGAAGCCGGGGUCCAGCUCUUCACUUUCGGCAUCCACAACGGGUACACCAGGGAGCUCUUUGAAAUGGCCUCGGACCCGAAACCCGUUCACUCCUACAUCGCCCGCAGCUUCGAGGAGUUCGAAACCCUCGCCAGACUCGCUCUCCACAAAGCUGUGAGAUGUUUGCCAUUGCCCAAGGUGAAGUAUGGGAAAAUACAUCCAUCAUCAUGUACCAGGUCAUGGUCGACAAUGAAUCAGACUUGCGAGGUCACGUGCGAUCCGGGUUAUGACCUGUAUGGCACUCACCACCAAACUUGCGGAUCUGGCGGAAGAUGGACUGAUCCGAAUAUGAAAAUAAAAUGCCGUGAUGUUACACCACCAAAAAUGAAUUGCCCCCCUGACCAGACAAUGCUUGCCAAACCAGGCGAAAAUUUUGGCACUGCCUUCCUCAAGCGACCAAAGGCGAAAGAUAAUUCCGAAGAAGACAUCGUCGUUGUGUCGAAACCCGCUGACAUUGAGCUUCAGACAGAAUUUCGCAUUGGGAUCCACGUCAUUCAGUUUCUUGCGGCUGAUUCCAGUGGAAAUACUGCGUCUUGCAACGUGACAAUCACGGUUGAAGACAAAGAACCACCAGUGGUUCAAAAGUGUCCCAGCAGUGACACUAACGUGGACGGGAAACCCGUGCUGCUCAGGGUGUCGCCGGAAGGAAAAGAAGUUCCGGUCGACUUCGACCCGCCGACUUUCUGGGAUAAUUCCCAGGCGGUUUUGCGAAUCAAACAAAGUCACGCCCCCGGGGCAACUUUCAAACCCGGCCCAACCCUGGUUCAAUUUGUAGCUGCCGACGACGCAGGCAACGAAGUGACGUGCGAAUGGAUUGUAGUCGUUCAAUCACAUCCGUGUUAUCCGCCGAUUUCUGCAACGCCGAACAUGACCCAGGUAAAAUGCACUGAGGAAGACGCAAAUGUCGUUUGCAAAGUAACCUGCAAAACGGGAUAUGCUUUUGUUGAUGAACUUCCCGGCAAAACCCGGGAACUGGUUUGCUCAAAGAACGAUACCCGAGGCUUGUGGAAUGGUCGACAGGACCCACAGCUGUCAAUUUGUGCAGAGAGUUUUGAAGCCCUCAGUGGAUCUAGUGAAGGAACAAUCGACAUUGAGGUAUCUGAAAUGGAAUCUAUUUGCGAAGAUGGUUUUCUUAUGGAGCAGUUGGCAAACAGGGUCCAAGAAGAGAUGAAGCCAGAAAUAGACAAGCUGUGCCGACAAAAUGGCCUGGAAACUUGCGAUUUGCAAACACUCCACGCGGUUUGCGAACCCACGCCGCCAGGAAACGUGCAAUUUGAUGCACAUUUUCAGCCGAGGAAAUUGCUGUCGAUCGAAGAAUCGCNAGAAGAAAUUAUCCCGGAAACUAAAGAAAAUCAGAUCGAAGAAAACUUGUAUUCUCCAGCAAAUCCCAACUUUGUGGUCGAUUCUACAGAUGAGCCAGAACAGUGGCAAGAAACGAAAUCAAGCAAAAAGAAAAACGUUUCUGCGCCGGAAGAACAGGAAUCAUCAGGUUUCGGACCGUUGCCAAAUCCCGAAAAAGAAAUCGAUGACGAAAUCAUCCGUACAACUGAAGGAAAUGCCAUCGAAACAAAGAUUUCCUUUCAAACCCCGGAAUCUGUGGAACCAGAAAAUUCAAAAGAAACCACUGAAAAUAAAUCCACAGACGAAAACAAUCCCUCUUCUGCUGCUGCGGAAGAACAGAACUCAUCUGGCUCAAAACCUGUGCACAAUUUCGGAAAUGAAAUCAAUGACGACGCAAGAAUUCCCUCAACAGAAAAAACUGAAAGCGAAGAAGGAGAAGAAGAAUAUCUGCCAAAUUCAGAAUCCAUGGACUCAGAUGAAGACACUGCAGCAGAACUUGAGUCUUCCGGUUCCGGGCCAUUAAUUGACACAAUAACCACCGUCAAAAAUGUUGCCCACAAUCACCACAUGCCUCAAACCACGGAAAACCGAAUCUCUGAAACAUUUCCGACUACCACGUCAUACACAAAACUUCCUGAAUUAUCCGAAGAAACACCCAGCACCAGCAUCACUGAACAGCAACCAAGAUUCCCUGCUGGAAAUACUGGCAUAGCAUCAACGUCAACCCCUAGAAACCUCGAGUCUGACCUAGAAAAUGCGACAGAAGGAAUUCUGCGGGAUUUACCAGAUUUACGCGACGUCAUUACGGUAAAACUCGAGUCGACAGCUGACACUGGUGCUGAAAAGAUUCCAGCCGUAACAACGUCACCGACAAAGGCACAAUCUUCAUUGACAACGAGUCCUGAUUUGUUGGAAUACGAAACGACAACGUCUCAAAUAGAAACUGAGACUGAAAAAGUCCACAUUCAAGAAUCAACCCCGGAAUCUGUCGAAAUAGUUUUCUCAACCACUCCAGCACUCAUCAUUCCCGAACAAUCGAACUUUGACCAACAGUUCGAAACAACGACUUAUUCGCCGGAAGAUGACGUUUUCUCAGAAAGUGCAAGUGACGAAUCAGGUCAUGAUGAUGAUGGAAUGACCAGCUCAACUUUCGAUGAUUUAUCAGCGGAAAGUGAAGAAGAUAUCGAUGAGUUGACCACAGUUGAGAUGUUUUCCGCAACACCUGCUCCAGCACUUGCGCCUAAGACGAUCAGUUUGACCGUCAGAGUUAGUGGAAAACUGACUGAGGAUCCACCCUUUUCGGGAUCUGUGGGGAUUACUGUUCCCCAGUCGGAGCUUUUGGCGAAAAUCGAGGACCAGCUCGGUUCUAUGAAAAUUGAGAUUUUUGAAGGCACGGAAGUGUCAUUCACUGGCAUGCGAUUCAGCGAUAAAAUUUCGCUUCAUUGUCCUGCAGGUUCCGUGCCUCGAAAUGACGCCUGUGUGAAAUGUGGGCCAGGGAAUUAUUAUAGUGUGCCGGACACGAAAUGUGUGCCUUGCCCGGAAAAUUCCUAUCAACCGGAAGAAGGCCAACUGUCGUGUAUUUCCUGUCCCAUUGGACACCGAACCAAGUCCUCGGCAUUGAAGACUAGCCUGUCAUCUUGCAAAGGUACUCAUUUCUUACUUCAGGGGCCGAAUGUCAACCAGGUUCGGCUUCUAAGAAUGGUCUCCAGCCCUGCGAGCUUUGUCAGAACGGAUGGUACCAGCCCGGGACUGGCGAGAAUGAGUGUAUUCAGUGCCCCGAAGGGAGAACCACUCACCGAAACGGAUCCAGGCAUAUCGACAAUUGCAAAGGUAGAUUUGUUCCCCUUCGGCCAUCGCCUCGAAUGCAAGCCGGGUUUUGUGUCGGCGGACGGACUCGAACCUUGUCACCCGUGUCGUCAAGGGUCAUCUCAGAUCCAACCGGGACAAACGGCGUGUUUUUACGCAACCCCUCCGACACCGGGGUACCCGAAAAACAACGCUGUUGCUGGUGUUGAGACAGGUCCACAAGAUGAGAUUUUCUUCGAGGUGAACCCCUCGAAAGUGGAGCGACUGAAUUACACGGCUUGCUUUUCCGGCCCUUGCUCACACAAUGGGGAAUGUCAUCCGGUUGGGAGUGGAUUCACUUGCGACUGUUCUUUCGCCGGGUUCACUGGGGACCGUUGUGACGUGAAAAUCGAGUCAAAGGAAUCUGAUGAAACACUGAAGUCACCCUGGCAGAUUUCUGCUCUUCUUUCAAUAAAAGAUUAG